AUGAGUCGCAACUUCCUCGUUGGUGCUGGUCUAUUGGCCCUUGCCCAAGUGAACCCAGUCCUCGCCGCUUCUUCCCUUGUCUCUCAUGAAGCCCUGGCUGCGCUCCCAUCGGGCUGGAACCAUGUCAGCACCCCAGCCGCCGACACAAACAUCCAAUUGUCCGUCGCCCUCACUCUAGAAAACAUCGACCAACUCCAAAACCACUUGCAGUCCGUCUCUACCCCUGGUUCUGCGAGUUACGGCCAGUACCUCGACUCCGACGAUGUUGCCGCGCAGUAUGGCCCCAGCGACGCGUCAGUUGAAGCAGUCACCAACUGGUUGAAGGAGGCUGGAGUCUCUGAGAUCUACAACAACGGCCAAUCGAUCAACUUUGCCACGACUGUCAGCAAGGCCAACAGCUUGCUUGGCGCCGACUUCAACUACUACUCCGAUGGUGGUGCCACCAAGUUGCGUACCUUGGCUUAUUCCGUCCCCAGUGAUUUACAGGCAGCCAUCGAUCUCGUCUCUCCAACCACCUACUUUGGAAAGACCAGUGCUUCUCGUAGCAUCCAGACCUACAAGAACAAGCGCGCCUCAGGUACCACAACCUCCGCAUCGAGCUCCGUGUCUGUUGCCGCUUCCUGCCAGACCAGCAUCACUCCUGCCUGCUUGAAGCAGUUGUAUAAUGUUGGAGACUACACUCCUAGCGUUGCUUCCGGCAGUCGCGUCGGUUUCGGUAGCUUCUUGAACCAGUCUGCCAUCUUUGACGACUUGUUCACCUACGAAAAGGUCAAUGGUAUCCCAUCUCAGAACUGGACCAAGGUGAUUAUUGCAAACGCACCCAACGAUCAGAACCCCAACGAUGGCAACUACGGCGAAGCCAAUCUCGAUGUUCAGAACAUCGUCGGCAUUUCUCACCCUCUUCCCGUGACUGAGUUCUUGACCGGUGGUUCACCUCCCUUCAUUCCCGACCUCGAUACACCCACCGACGAGAACGAGCCGUACAUUCCUUACUACGAAUACCUUCUGUCUCAGAAGAACGCCGAUUUGCCUCAGGUGAUCUCCAACUCUUACGGAGACUCCGAGCAGUCCGUCCCAUACAAGUAUGCUGUUCGUGCAUGCAACUUGAUAGGAUUGACUGGCUUGCGUGGUAUCACGGUCUUGGAGUCUAGCGGUGAUCUUGGCGUUGGUGCCGGAUGCAAGAGCAACGACGGCAAGAACAGGACACAAUUCGAACCCAUUUUCCCCGCUACUUGCCCGUACUUGACCGCUGUUGGAGGCACUCAGGCUGUUACUCCCGAAAUUGCCUGGACUGCCAGCUCCGGUGGUUUCAGUAACUACUUUCCACGUGCAUGGUACCAGGCAGAAAAAGUUGAGACGUACCUCGGUCUCCUUGACGACUCAACUAAGAAAUACUACUCUCAAUACACUAACUUCGAAGGCCGUGGCUUCCCUGACGUUUCUGCCCACAGUUUGCUCCCUGAUUACCAGGUUGUUGGUGGUGGUCAGCUCCAGCCUAGUGGAGGUACCUCAGCUGCGUCGCCCGUCUUUGCUGGUAUCGUUGCACUGUUGAACGAUGCCCGUCUUUCUGCUGGUCAGCCCACUCUCGGAUUCUUGAAUCCCUUCAUCUACUACUUGGGAUACAAGGGUCUGAACGACAUCACUGGUGGCCAGUCCGUGGGCUGCAACGGUAUCAACGGCCAGACUGGCGCCACUGUCGUUGGUGGUGGCAUCGUUCCUUGGGCUGCGUGGAAUUCCACCACUGGUUGGGACCCGGUCACUGGUCUUGGUACACCAGACUUUCAAGAGCUGAAGCAACUCGUGCUUAGCUUUUAA